GUCCCAGCCGGGCAGCAACAGCCACACACACACAGAGCCACACGCACACAGAGCCACACUCACAGAGCCACACGCACACAGAGACACACACACACAGAGCCACACACACAGCCCCACACACACAGAGCCCCACACACACAGAGCCACACGCACACACAGAGCCCCACACACACAGAGCCACACGCGUGCUCUGGGUUGCUGGCUGUGGUGUAUUUAACGCACAGGCGCAACAAACCACGCUCAUUCCUACAACACCGCGUGCUUGCUGUUGCUGCUGCUGGCGGUGUCUUCGGUAUCACCUUCCUUCCUGCCAGACAAGAGAGUCGUGCGUGAGUUUUGUGGCAUUUGUGCAGCCAUGGGCCUGGAGGUGUACUUCGACCUGUCUGCUUCCCCGUGCCGUUCUGUGCUCCUCCUGCUCAAGAAGGGUGGAAUCGAGUUCACAGCUCAUGCCAAACGCCUGGAGAAAGGGGAAAACCAGACAGAGGAGUUCGGCAAGGUGAACCCUCUGAAGCUUGUGCCUGUGAUCGUGGACAAUGGCUUUCGUCUCACUGAGAGCGUGGCCAUCAGCAAGUACCUCGCUUGCCGGCACGGCUUGGCCGACCACUGGUACCCUGCCGAUCUGCAGCGCCGCGCUCGCGUGGACGAGUACCUGGCUUGGCAGCACACCUCCAUCCGGCCGCCCUGCUCCAUGCUGCUCGUUCUUGAGGGCGUGCUGCCUGGCCUGACAGGGCAGCCGGUCCAAGAGCAGAAAAUUGCCGAUAUCAUGAAGGGCCUGGAGCUGUGUCUGAAGCACCUGGAGGCGUACUACCUGCAAGAUGACGCCUUCCUUUGCGGAGACCAAAUCUCUAUCGCAGACCUCUUCGCCUACAGUGACCUCAUGCAGCCCAUGGGAGCAGGGCACGACGUUCUCAAGGACCGGCAUAAGCUGUUGGCGUGGAGACAGAGGGUGGAGACCUUCCUGGGCAAGGAGGUUCUGGAAGAGGUGAAUGGGAAGAUACUGAACAGCCAUUCAGCCCUGCUGGACAUGGAGCCAGCUGAGAAAGAGGGCCUUGCCCAGUACCUGUUUAGUAAGCUCAAAAUGGCAGUGUGAACUGAACGAUGUUGGUACCAGUAAUCCCAUUUAAUACGAAGAGGCCUGUAACAAUUUACGACUUCUGAGCCACCACAAACAGUAAACUUUAGAAAUAAAUGUAAUUUAUGUGAGCCGUGGUAUUUUGUUACAAACGUUAUUUUUCAAGUUUACGCAUGCUUUUAAUAAAUCAUGCGCAAUAGUUGUCACAGCCACCAUUUUCAAUAUGCAUUCCAUUUAGCUAAUUAUUAUUAAUCACCUUAACAUUGUUUUAUUUUCAUAGUUUUAUAAAUAAUUUAAAUAACUGUUCUGGAAUAACACAAACAAUAGCUGUGUAAUGGGUCAAGCAAUACAGCAUUAUUAAUAGGGUUUUAUAAAAAUGCCAUGCAGUACUUAUUUUGACCAUCAUCUACACCUAGCAACAGACUGCACUUUACAGAAACUUACACUGGUAACAAUACUGAUAUUAAACAUUCAUGCACAUCCUUUAAUAAUGAAUAAAUGACUCCAUCAGAUGUAUACGCAUACAACGAUCCCCAGAGUUGAUCCAAUGAGUCUGUGAUUGAGUAUGAGGCGACUUGGUUCUCCGUGGAAUAGAAAUGAACGCCCAUUUGGUUUCGCCUUGGAGGACUUCAGUCCCCCAAGCUGAUUCUGGGCCUGAGCCACACGAAUCUGAGUGUUGGAGCCAUCAAAUGGGGAGAUAGUGAAGCAUUGCAUCCUUAAGGGACAAAUUAUUUAGCAAUUACCUUUUGAACACAUGGUAAUAAAUAUAUGACGUUAUUUUUGUCUGUAUUUGGCAUAUUUUUAUGGGAGUGUGAUCGCUUUUGUGUCUUGUUUAUUACUGGUAGGAACCUCCUGGUUCCACCAGCUCACAGGGGAUUAUUGUGUCCAUCCGUCGUGCAUCCAAAAAUG